CACGUGGCAUGGGUCCCUUAUGGCUCGUUGGCCGGAAAAGGAAAGCAUCCGGCCGAUCUCCUUGUAAACUCUGGGGUUUGCGCCAGAGCUAUUGCAUGGUCGUGCGAGAUACCGACUGUUUGUACAUUGGGCCUCAUAGCUUACUUUCACGAUGAACUAUUCUACUUAUGAACACAUACCUUAGUCGUUGCUUUCGGAACGACAUUCUCCAUUCUGCCCCAAUUCGUGUGCCUUGCCCCGCGGAGCGAACUAGUCGGGAGUUGAUUUGGCCGUCCGAGCUUUCGGCAGUACCAAAUUGGUCACGAACUUAAAGUGCAUCCUUCUCUUUCGAUGCAUAAUUUUAAAAGCCAAAAUGCCACCUAAAGUGAGCAAUGGGACAGGAACUGGUGGGAAGCCGCGCAGGGACGUCCUGGCUUCGGUCAGAAUGGCCUCUAUGGACCAAGUCUCCAGGGCUGCUCUUCCAGCUGAAAUAAUGUCCUCGAUCCUUGAUUACCUUUCCCCUGUCGACCUGAUUCGAGUAGCACGAUCGUCGAAACUUCUGCGCGAGAUCGCUUACGAUGACACAAGAUGGGUACAGUGGCUGAAACGUAUGGGCUGCUGGAACGAACUGGAAGCCAGGAAACAUGUUGAAGAAGAAUUUGGAACCAUUGCCAACGUUGAAAGCAUCAAGCAGAAAGAAAUGGCAGAACAAUUUCAGCAAACAUCGCACGCUGGCACAGGCAUGGAAAAUAGACCUGAGAUCAGUCUAGACACUCUGUCGGACGGCUUUGACCAAAUAAAAUUGUCCACACCUGCUAAUACUGGUACUGCAAAAGAGUUCGAAGAUGAUCCAGUAUUGGGUGCAUUACAGCAGGUGAGAUCAGUGCGCGGGGAAGCUCGCAACGAAUACGGCAAGGUCCACGCUGCUCUUGCGCCGUUCUACAAUGAUAUUGCCACUUCAGGAGCCUCGCCAGAUAAUCUUCUAUUCCAGAAAUAUAUCAACCCACAACACCAAGCACAAAUCCUCUUUCAGUUGCAAGCUUUCGCCAAAUGUGACUUCACAGACGGUUGGCGUGAAAGGUUAUCCCAUCUUCAGGAGGCUAUAUCAAUGUUUGAAACGGCUGCUGUCAAGGAGUUCAGACACGGGUACGAAACCGAAGACAUCGACAAUAGGAUGCGGCAAUAUGCUCACGUACUGUACACUUUGAACGGCGGAGCUGCAGCUGUCGAGCUCUUCAUUCACCAUAAUCAUCUCGUCACACGAAGGUCGGAUUAUGGUGCACCAGGAGACUGUAUUGAUGCAUCCUCUCGGCGAGUGAAACUUGAACAGACGCAAGCAUUCUUUACUCGACUGAGUGUUUCUUACAAUGAAGAAGUUUCGAUCAUCAAUCGCGCCUUCCCUCCAUCGUUGAAGGUGGCCUUGCCAUUCAUUGCGAAGGUUGGACAAGAUGUGUUAUGCCCAUUUUUGACCGCAAUAUUCGAUGAAUUACACCGUAUUGAUAUAGAAUCGUACUUGACUGCCGUCUCGAGCACCUUCGCUCAAUGCAUGAACUUUUCGGAAACUCUUUUACCAAUCCAAAAUUCAGCGGUUGAUUUUGACGAAUUUUUGGAGCAUGUCAUUGCCAAAGUAUAUGAGCCACACAUAGAUUUAUAUCUUGCAGAGGAAUUGGACUAUUUUCGGAAGCGCUCGGAAGCUGCAGUGGACGAAUGGGAUAAACAACUCUCAGAGCAUGCUGCCUCGACAGAAUCAUUUCUAAUGUCAAAUAUAAAUAGACAGGCUGAUAAGAGGGACUUUUUAACUUCCUUCAAGAAAGUUAUUAUGGCCCCUGUCAACCUCCUUCCGAGCUUUUCAGGGACCAAGGCAAACGAGCCAAAGCCCGAUGAGUCUUCUCCUAGCGAAUCCUCAGCAUUGAAGAGUCAAAGCCGAUUUUCAACCAUUUCUAUACCUACUACGCCUGUGACCGAGGCCCCGACCACCGAGCUUGCAGCCAAGGCCGCCAUUAUGAAAUCAAAGAUGGAAGGUAUCCGAUCCCUUUUCAGCAUCGAAGUCGCCUUGAGCCUAGUUCAUGCUGCGAAGUCAAGCUUGGAGCGAGCUGCUCAGUUCGUUCGGAUAGGAGGGGAGACAGGUGCCGCUACAAAGCAGCAAUGUGAGGCGAUAUUUGUCGCCCUGGUGCGCAUCGUGGGGCAUCGGCAUCUUAUCGUUGGCUUCGACAAAGCCGUCGACCAUCUGUCUAACUACCGACCUCGCGAACAAGGGGAGCGUGAUCAGUCAGGUGUUGAACCCUUGGUGACGUUCUUAGAGCUGGUAAAUGUCGGUGACCUUAUCCUCCAGAUGAUCGAUGUCUUUUAUGAACAGGAACUUAUUGGCUCGAAAUUGACCGAUCGUAACGAUUUCGUUGAUCCUGCCGUGAAAGAGAAAAAGAAGUUUGAGCAGAACCUUGAUGAACGAGUUGCUGCAGGGCUCAACAAAGGAAUUGACGUCCUCAUGGAGGAAGUCGAUUACAUUCUGGCAACACGGCAGCUAGCGACAGACUUCAACCCCAGCGUUUCUACAAAUCCUCACCGAAAGACUAUGGAUGUAAGCGUUUCUGAAGCCGCCGUUGCUGUGGUGGAUGUAGUUUCAUCGCAUACGCAGAUGCUGGUCGGAAGUACGGACAAGAGCACACUUGAUGUUUUCAACCAAGAGGUGGGGUUGCGUCUUUUUACAGCCUUGUGCAAGCAUUUGAAACGCCAGAGGAUCAGUGUUGAGGGGUCUCUGAAACUCAUCAGCGAUAUGAAUCACUACUUCAAAUUUAUCCAAAAUUUCAGAAACAAUGAACUUCUUGACUACUUCAAAGCUUUUCGUGAACUCUCCCAAAUUUACCUCAUUGACCCUUCGGACGCCAAAGAGUUAGCGACUCUCAUUGCCGACUCGGACCGGUUUCAGGGAAUCUGGCGAGUAGAAGAGGUAUACGAGUUCGCCGAACGACGAGCAGAUUGGUAUCAAGUGAAACGAGACGUUGAACGAGCCAUGUAUGGGAUUGGGUGCAAUGUUAUGUGACGAACGGGAUUUCAAAUUAUACCCACGACCUGUAAAUAUAGAGGAGAAAUAUCCCCAUUUUCGCGAUGCAUAUAUACUUUGAUGAGCAGAUGGAUAUGUUGUUAUAGGACUCCGGAACAGCCG